CACUUUUCCAAUUCUCAAUCUCAAUCCCGGCUCUCUUUAUUCUUUUCUUUCUCUAUUCAAACCAAAUCCCAGUUCUCAUAUGUCACCUAGAUUCAGUCCUCGUUUUCGAGCAUUGCUAAGUUCAUUAAGUGCAUUAAAACACGUACAUGAACACGUGUAUGCGCACACGGAAAAGGACACAAGCCACACUACCAAGCUUUUGCUACUUAGAAAUGAACAAAAAUCUUAAGUAUGCAAGCCACAAAUUUAAUGCAUGAUGAAUUUUUAUUUAGCAGCUCACAUGUGACAUCAAAUUUCAAACUUGUUUGCAGUAUAAGGAACAAAAUAAUGUAUAUAAAAUGAUAUCAUUCUUACAAUAUUCUCCAGGAUAGAAAUGUAUAUAAUUAUUUUGCAGACUUUUCUGAUUCUGGUCCCACAUUAAAAUUUUCCAUGGAUAAUUCAAUCAAAUUUAUACAAAUUACACAGGUAUAGAGUCAGAACCUAACCUAACUUGUUUAGAAUCUAUUGACGUGACUUUUAUUUUCUUUUAUUAAUAUUAAUAAUCAUAAGCACAUAGGCACACACCACUAUUCACUACUGCUGAGAUUCCUCGCCAAUUUAGCGGGACACAUGCUUUCUUCAUAAUUUAACAGGUCUGUAUAUCCACAAGAAUUUAUCCAGUCCUAGAUACAUACAGAUUAGUAUAUCUAUGUAUAUAAAUGUAGCAAUAAACAGAAUAGCCGAGUCUAAAUUUAUUGGGAAUAAAACUUUGUUUUUUAUUUUUGAAUUACAUUGAUGAACAUUUUUUCUCAACUACAGGGUUUACAGAUUGCAACUUUUAGCUGUUUCUGGUUCAGUUUUGAUGGAUAUCACUCUGAAGUUAAUCGAUAUAGCAUUUUUUCUGUUCUUACUGAUAUGCCUUCUGCUGGAUGUCUUCAAAGAAAGGAGGAAGCAAGGAGAUAAGCAAGUUUUGAAAAGUGAAUUCGGCCAACAAUUAACGGUUUUCAGCAAAAUCACUGUUACAUUGAAUUUCAUCAUUAGCAUAUCUUAUCUGGGAUUUUGUUUUUAUGAAAUUUGGAAGGAUGGUACCCCCUCUCUUGAGUCUGUUUUCUCGGUUAUGACUUGGACUUUAGCAAGUCUGGUUACAAUCUAUUCACUAUGCAAAACUUCAAGGAGACACAGAACAUGGCCAUUUGAACUUAUUCUAUGGUGGUUCUUUUCAAGCAUUCGUAAUUUACUUUUGGUUUCAGUUUAUAUCCUCAGUUUAUGCAGAUCAAUUGAAAUCUCAAACUUUCUGCCAGAAGCCAACAUUAUUGAUUUUGGAUCACUUCCGUUAUCAAUUCUACUCUGUUUUAAUGCUUUGCCUAACAAUUCUGCACAUAAACACAAUACAACUACACAACCAUUACUUCAAAAGGAGUUGGAGGAGAAAGAAAAACACAGAGACGCAUUUUCUGAUGCUGGAAUUUGGAGCCAGUUAACAUUCAGGUGGAUGAAUCCACUGUUCAGAAAAGGCCGUUGUGAAAAAAUUGAAUUAGAGCACAUACCUUCAAUUCCAGAGUCUGAAACUGCUGAUGAAGCUUCUGCCUUGUUGGAACAGUCUCUGCACAAACAGAAAACUGAGACUAUCUUGUUGCCUAAUGCCAUUUUCCAUUCUAUAUGGAGGCCCCUAGCUAUAAAUGCAGUUUUUGCAGGAGUCAAUACAAUUACUUCCUACGUAGGGCCUUUGUUGAUUACAAGCUUUGUUGACUUUUUAUCAAGAAAGGAUGACAAAAGUUGGUAUAAUGGGAUGGUUCUUGCACUUAUUUUCUUCUUAGCAAAGACUGCUGAAUCACUAUCCCAGAGGCUGUGGUAUUUUGGUGCACGCCGUCUAGGUAUAAGAGUUAAGGCAGCUCUAAUGGUCUUAAUAUACAAGAAAUCUUUGUCAAUCAAGUAUGGUAGCAUGAGCAACGGUAAGAUUAUUAAUUUUCUCAACGUCGAUGUUGAGAAGAUUGGAGACUUCUGCUGGUACUUCCAUGGAAUUUGGUUGCUUCCAGUUCAGGUCAUAUGCGCCUUGGUUAUCUUGUACAAGAAUUUAGGAGCUGCUCCAUCACUAGCGGCUCUUUUCACGACGAUUAUUGUGAUGAUAAGCAACACCCCACUUGCCAAUAAGCAAGAAAGACUCCAUACUAAGAUAAUGGAAGCUAAGGACUCGAGGAUCAAAGCUACAUCUGAAACCCUGAAAAGCAUGAGAGUCUUGAAGUUGCAUUCAUGGGAAUCCAACUUUUUGAAGAAGCUACUUAAACUGAGGGAAGUAGAAAGGGAUUGGCUCAGAAAGUACUUAUAUACAUGUUCUGCUGUGGCUUUUCUCUUUUGGACUUCACCAACAGUAGUAUCAGUUGUUACCUUUGGUGUUUGCAUUAUUUUGAGAACGCCACUAACGUCAGGCACAGUUCUAUCGGCUCUGGCAACUUUUCGAAUCCUUCAAGAACCUAUUUACAAUCUCCCAGAGCUUAUUUCUAUGCUUGCUCAGACUAAGGUUUCAGUUGACCGUCUAGAAAAUUUUAUCGUAGAAGAAGAUCAGAAGAGAUUGAUACACUGUAAUAAUUUCGACACACCUGAUGUGGCCAUUGAGAUUGAAGCCGGAGAAUACGCAUGGGAAAAUAAAGAUGCGAAAAUACCAGCAGUCAAGAUAACAGAGAAAAUAAGAAUAAUGAAGGGUCACAAGGUGGCCAUUUGUGGUUCAGUUGGCUCUGGUAAAACUAGUUUUCUCUGCAGCAUACUCAGGGAGAUACCUAGGAUUUCGGGGUCAGGUAUCCUAACCUAUGGAUCAAAAGCUUUUGUGCCACAAAGUGCUUGGAUCCAAACGGGCACUAUCAGAGAGAAUAUCUUGUUUGGCAAGGAAAUGAAUCAAACAUUUUAUGAAGGUGUCGUCGAAGGAUGUGCCUUAAACCAUGAUAUUAAUUUGUGGGCUGAUGGAGACUUGACUAUGGUGGGCGAGAGAGGGCUGAACUUGAGUGGCGGACAAAAGCAGAGAGUCCAAAUGGCACGGGCAAUAUACAGCAACUCGGAUAUAUUCUUACUUGAUGAUCCUUUCAGCGCCGUUGAUGUGCAUACUGGGGCUCAUAUGUUCAAUAAAUGCCUUAUGCAACUCCUGCAGAAUAAGACUGUCAUCUAUGUUACUCAUCAGUUAGAGUUUUUGGAUGCUUCUGACCUUGUUUUGGUGAUGAAAGAUGGCAGAAUUAUUCAAUCAGGGAAAUAUAAAGAUUUGAUUGCAAUGCCUGAUGGUGAACUCAUCAGACAAAUAUCUGCUCAUAGUAAAUCUCUGGAUCAAGUGAACACUCCAAAAAUGUGUAUCGGCUUAGCUAAGAAGAAACAUGGUAGUAGUCAAAUCGAAGUAACUGAAGAUAAAAUUGAAGACCUUACUGACUCUAACAGGGUUGCAGGGAGAACUCGGCAUGAAGAAACAGAAACUGGUCGUGUGAAAUGGCACGUGUACUCUACCUUUAUCACGUCUGCAUAUAAAGGAGCCCUUGUUCCAUUUAUCCUUAUGUGCCAGGUUCUCUUCCAGGGGCUGCAAAUGGCAAGCAAUUACUGGAUGGCCUGGGGAACAGAAGAAGGCAGGGUUACAAGAGGGCAUUUGAUUGGGAUAUUUUCUUUACUUUCUGGUGGAAGCUCCUUCUUUAUUUUGGGAAGAGCAGUUCUUUUGUCUACCAUUGCCCUUAAAACUUCUCAGCACCUUUUCCUUCAAAUGAUAACAUCAAUUUUCCGGGCACCAUUAUCAUUCUUUGACACUACACCUUCAAGCAGAAUUCUGAACAGGUCUUCAACAGAUCAAAGUGUAGUGGAUACAGAUAUUCCAUACAGGUUAGCUGGAUUAGUAUUUGCACUUAUUCAGCUGUUCAGCAUUGUGGUACUCAUGUCCAAAGUCGCCUGGCCGAUCUUUUAUAUCUUCAUUGUUGUGAUUGCCAUCUCCACUUGGUAUCAGACGUACUACAUUACCACUGCAAGAGAAUUAGCUAGGAUGGUUCCAAAUCAACAGGCUCCAAUUCUCCAUCACUUUUCAGAAUCAAUCCUUGGAUCAGCAACAAUUCGUUGUUUCAAUCAGGAAGAUCGCUUUUCAAGGAAGAAUUUAAACCUCAUUGAUAACUAUUCUCGUGUAGCCUUUUACAACUCUGGCACAAUGGAAUGGCUCUGUGUUCGGAUAAACUUUCUAUUCAACCUCGUCUUCUUUCUUCUUCUGAUCAUCUUGGUCAACCUUCCAAGGUCAGCCAUUGAUCCCAGCCUGGCAGGACUAGCGGCUACCUAUGGUUUGAAUUUAAAUGUUCUCCAAGCAUGGGUUAUAUGGAACCUUUGCAAUGUAGAGAACAAAAUGAUAUCUGUGGAAAGAAUUCUUCAGUUCACUAAAAUAACCCCUGAAGCUCCACUAGUUCUUGACGAUUGCAGACCAGAAACUGAUUGGCCGUUCAAUGGAAAAGUUGAAAUCGAAAAUCUCCAUGUGCAAUACAGGCCUACUCUUCCUAUAGUUCUCAAAGGGAUCACGUGCACCUUUCCAGGUGAAAAGAAAAUCGGUGUUGUGGGACGAACUGGAAGUGGAAAGUCUACCCUGAUCCAAGCUCUCUUCCGGGUUGUGGAGCCCUCAGAAGGACGCAUGAUGAUUGAUGGAAUAGAUAUCUCAAAGAUAGGUUUACAGGAUUUGCGGUCGAGAUUAAGUAUCAUCCCACAGGAUCCAGUUUUGUUCCAAGGAACCAUGAGGACAAAUGUUGAUCCUCUGCAGGAGCACUCAGACCAAGAUAUUUGGAAGGUUUUGCACAAAUGUCAUAUUGCUGAUGAUGUAAAGCAAGAUCAAAGGCUUCUAGAUGCACCUGUUGCUGAAGAUGGAGAAAACUGGAGUGUAGGGCAAAGGCAGCUUGUAUGUCUGGCAAGGGUGCUUCUUCAAAGGAGAAAGAUAUUGGUCCUGGAUGAGGCUACUGCUUCAGUAGACACGGCAACUGAUAAUCUGAUCCAGAAAACAAUAAGAGAAGAAACAAACAGAUGCACAGUUAUAACAGUAGCUCAUCGCAUACCCACUGUCAUUGAUAAUGAUCUCGUUCUGGUUCUUGGUGAAGGGAACGUUUUAGAGUAUGACUCUCCAGCUCAGCUGCUAUCAGAUAGUUCUUCUGCAUUUUCAAGUUUGGUAACGGAAUUCGUGAGAAGAUCAACGAAAAGCUAAUGAUAAAGAGAUUUGAUUUUGUCAGGGGAUUCAAACAGUUUGUGACUUUUUCAUGUACAGGUGACAAACAAGGACAUAGAGUAGAAAGAGCUCUUGCUUACUAGAAGCAAAACUGGGAAACAAAUACAAAAAUAAAUGAAACUACUUUACAGGAUGAUUUAGUGAUUCUUGGUUGUAUGCAUUUUAGUGUUCAUUACUUAUGCAACAUAAAAAACAAUUGACUAACAUCGAUCGGGUAGGACAUUAGCAAUGUUGUUAAUUUAUAGUACUAUAUCAGUAAUCUUAUAGACAGCUCAUUAGAAGAUAAAUAUAUCCAAAUUUCAA